GGACUUCCUGUUCCACCCACAUUCUCGUGUCGCUUCCGGGUGGCCGCUCAAGAUUCGUCCAGCGAGUUAUCGUUAUCUCAGCGCCGUAAACAAAAGUUACUAAACGGUUCAGCUCCCGCGACACAUUUACCGAAAAGAGAUGCAUAUCAAAACAGGUACAUGGGAAGCCAGCAACACUGUGUGUGAGUCCGAUACCCUGUGCGAUCCAGCCGUCCUUGUUUCAGCCACUAACUCCGAGCCGCACAUCCGAAACCGCCGUCUGUCCCCCGGCUCAGGAAACUGCGGAGGUGGUGGGGGUGGUUGCAUCUCUGGAGGUGACCAGCAGCCCCGACAGCUUUCACCCGAGGGUGACCUGAUUGGACCCGUUCACACACACGGCUUCACCUACCGCAGGGAAAAAGAGCGGAAGGGUCAGCAGCACAAAGGGCGCAGCCUCCGCAGGGAAAGUCAGAAGGGAGUCAGCCGAGUGAGCGAGCGGCCACCAAAGGUUAACCAAAAGGAGAGGUGGGUGGAGGACAGUCUGUCACUGCUCAAACCCCCGCCUGCCUUCCCAGUGCAGGACAGCCCCGCAAAGCUGCAGCCCGCUGUCAGCUACGCUUCCAAGGUGAAAGCGGGCGCAGCAGGUGGCGCGCUGGAGGAGGAUCGCCCCCUCAUCGGUGUGCUGCUCCAGAACCAGUGGGGCCUCAGUUUCAUCAGCGAGGCGAGGCCGGUCACAGAGGGCUCCGGCCCUCACCCCGUUGCCAACGCCCUCGCACCUCAGCCCACAGACGCUAAACAGUCAGAGGACCUACAGGUUGACACAGUUGUCACAGCCCAGGCCCCUGAACAAACACCAAUUCCAGUCACUACCUCUGUCAACCCAAACACGCGCCCCGGAGUGGAUGAGAGCAACGGGAAGCUGUUGCUAAGCUGUCGCCAUCUAGUGGAGGCUUUGAACUAUCACAAUAGAGAAUGGAAUUCUAUGUGUAACAGACAGAAAAAAGAUCCUAAAAGGAUCGUCUGGUACAAGGACGCCCAGGAGCACCCAGCUUAGCAGUGUGAGAAACCCAAAGCAAAUAAAAACACAACACACGCCUACAUGCACAUUAAAACAUGUAAAGAUGGACAACUUUUUGAGUCCCGUUCACACACACACACGCAAACAUACACACAACACACUGCACUCAGGAUGAUGUCUUCACGCAAAGCCACACUGAGACACUUUGGACUAACUCCUCUGAGAUCUUGCGGCAAUGGACUUUUUUUAACGCCUUACAAAGCCUGCCUUAAUUAAUCAGAUGUGUUUUCAUUGCCUCUCAUUACCAUUUUUAGCUUGUAUGUGUAGAGCUGUUGUUUUUCCUUUUUAAAUAAUCUCUGAGGAACUAUAACUUAAUUUUUCUUCCCCCUUUUGAAAGCUGCAGUUUUAUCAAACUUUUUUUCUUUCCUCUGUUAAAGCGAGCGGUCAAUCAAGCACUUUGUUUAAAAAAAAAAAAAGGAGAAGAAAAAAAUAAAAAGAAUAAUCUGUGACCAAUCCCUGUGCAAGAAACCCUCACCAGAGUGAAGGAUCCACCCACGAUGAUGAGCAGAAUGUCUCGUUACCUGCUUGAGUUGUAUGGUUCACAUAUGCAGAGGACACCUGUAUCCACGUCUUCAGUUUACAGAAGGGUGCAGUCGAUGGCACAGUAGAGUUCACCCUUUACCCCCGUCAGAUCUUAAUGCUGUGUUCCUUUUCUUCGUUUUUAUUUGGUUCCCUAGUUGGGUGAAUGUUACUCAUGAAUCCAUAAGAGAUAUCUCACCAUGUCCAAUAUGUCGAUUUUUUUUUUUUUUUGAAAAGAAAAUUUAUUGAAUAAAAAAAUUUACACUGGAGAAGGAGGAAAUGAAAGUGAACGGUAUUGCUCAAUAAAAAUGAAUAAACUUGA